AUGCCCCCACACCACCGCAAAGGGCCGCAGUUGCAGGCUCUCCUCGACCUCUUCGCGACGUACGAGCUACAGCUGCCGAGUCGAGUGGUGCUACCAAAUUCGCCCUGCUCGGCGGCCAUCGACGGCCUACGUUGCUAUUCAGCCUUCACAUGCUGCCUCUGCACUAGCUGCCUCACGCGGUCGAAGCACGCCCUAGAGGUGCACGUGUCCAAGGCCCACCAGCAGAAGCUAGCACAGCAAGUCGAGGGCAGCUCGUGGCGAGAGUGUACUAUCCAGACCUUCUUCGCCGAGAAGCAGCACAUCCGGUAUUUUGUAGUGGAUGAUGCCAAAGAAGCCGCAGGAGCUUCAGACGCUAGUAUAAAGAGCUUGGAUUCGGGAGAGGCAAACUUCUUCAAGCUAGUCGAUGAAGAUGUAGCUAUAGCAGAGGCAGAUGCCAAAGCAGAAGCUAAUAUCGUUCAUGGUUUCGAUAGCCACAGAUCUGCUGUAAUACUGUGGCUGAGACGGACGGGCAUCGAGGAGCACACGCGGGGCUUGAAGAAGGACGAGAUGCACGCCUCGUUUGCAGUGCCAAAGACUGCCGAGAGCGAGCCCGAGUUGUUUUUAAUGCUAGAAAUCAUGGACGAGAUCUUUACAGAGGCAUACAGCUAGUGCUUCGACGGCCCAGACUAUAUGCUGACCUGGCUACAGCAGCUAGCGUUGAGCCGUUUCCAUACUAGCGCUGCCCUAGGGCAGAAGAUACGCGCCUUCGACCCCAAGAAGGAGCCUAAUACGCUUAAGACCAACUUCGGCUACUAGAAGCAGUUCCUAACGUUCUGCUACCGGGUCGUCUACCGCGGCAGCCACUUCACUACGGCCGACGACGACUAGCGGACCCCUGA